CGGGGACGCGAGCCGAGCGGACGCUUGCCUCCCGUUAUUAAAAACAACAAAAAAACCCAGAGGAAAACCGAGCAAGUCCGUACGUGCGCGCUCUGUGUUUUUUUUUUUUUGUAUUCUAUAAUAAGUAUAAUUAAACAAUCGGCGAAUAUAUCCACGUUAUCGUCGUAAAGGUCAGAGAUGCGUCCGUCGUUCGUAAUUAGGAAGAAAACAGAGCGAUAAGCAAUCGCGUUAGAGUGCAAAUGUCGUCGACUCGGCGGCUCCGAGCGCUCUGACGUUACCACGUCGAUGUCAGUUCUCUCCGCGCUAUGGAGACGUCAAACGUCCCUUCGUGGAAUCCCGCGCGUUGAUUCAUACACCGGUUAUCGCGUUUCGAACGGUGAGCGGAAUCAUGUGUGAGGUUGCAAGUUGGAUUCCGGACGCGGUCGCGGUCACACUGCGCGACGCUAGCUCCGUGCAGCCGGUCCUCGCCUGGCUGUCAGCUUUGCGAGCCUCCACCGAGGAGUACGACCAACUCCCCGUUGUUGUUCCUGCCGAAGAACCGUCCCGCGCCUCCCCGGAUAGCGCCUUCGACGAGAUACUCUCGCAACUCGGAAAAGAAAUCUUCAAGCUCGAGGAGUACCAUCAAAACCUCCUCCCUCCGCCAGAGAAGGAGGUCUCCCUCAGCAUCCUCAAUAUAUUUGACGAAUGCUUAGAUCGGAUGUCGGAAAAACAGUGUAAUGGAAAUGUGGAAGAGUGCAGUGAGUGCGAAUCGACUCUAUCCGACGUUUCCAUGGCGACGAGUUUGCCCGCGAAAAGUGCCGAUGUAAACAGUGACGUGAAUUGUAUUUUUGAUAAGGGCGAGGGCACACCGGUACCGCCGCGCAGGACUAGAUUCAAAUCGUCGUCCUCUGUGGUUGUCGGGGACAAUAUGGAAGAAAAUCUUGACGGUGAGCAACGGUCCAAGUGCACCCAGUCUGAUAGCGAUUCGGAGAGCACGUGUUGGAGCUACAAGGAGUGCAGUACGGAGACCGAGCAGGAGGGUCGCGGGACCUACGCCGAGGUUUGGUCCCACUCGAGCGGCUUCCACAACUCGGACGAGAUCCUGCGGAGCGUGCUUCGUCAGAAUCACGCGACGGUGUCCUGCCUCUCGCUGGACUCGGCCCGCGACCUGGAGCCGGCGUCGUUCUCGGUGUACGCGCUGCACGAGGUGGGGGACAGGUGCGUAUCGCCAGUCGCCGCGAUGACGCCCGACCGGCCGAUCGACCCCGACUACGAGCCCGUGCGGGACGCGCUCACCGACGAAAACAUUUACGAGGAGAUCGAGUACAGCUACACGGACGAGGGCUGCUCCUGCGGCACCAGCGUCGAGGUCGAGACCUAUUCCACCAGCUCCGGCCGCGAGACUCCAUUAUACGCAAACCUGACAGACAACGACGCGUACGCGAUAACUCCGGAUGUCAUCUUCUGGAAGAACCUGCUCUUAGAUCCGUUCUACAACGAAGACGAAGAGGACGAGUGGAUAACUCCUGAAGAAUGUGCCAUCUACACGAGGGAUCAGCGUCCUCCGUUGGUGAUACCACGGAUCACCCAGUACCGACAGCCAAGACGGGACCAGAGGAUCACCCAACCUUACCCAGAGGACAGCUCAGAUUUGUCUUUGCAAGCAAGGAACGAGAGGCAGAACUGGAACUCCAAUUUAGGAAGGAACCGGGUUGAGCUCGAGCGGAACUUCAGCAAGAAUGCUUCCGAAAGUCCCCCUUUCAUAAGAAUCAAUAAAAAUCUAAGCGGUUCGACGGAGAAUCUGCUGAUUUCAAAUGUCAGAAGACCGAAUUUCCUUCAAAUUCCUGCGUCGUCGUCAGGAGACAGCUUAGACAUUGAGAUCCGGGAUAGAGAGGUUUCCCAUGCCAGGUCCAGGAAGUCGAGGUCUAUGGUGGCUCCUAACAAAAGGAUCAACAAGUCCCCCGUGCCAGCACCUAGAUUAGCUCUUCAACAGAACCCAGAGGCCUUGGUGAUAUUAGAAGGUCCAGUUAAACGGACCAAGUUCUUCGAAGGAAGGAAGAAGAUGAAAAAGAGCUGGACUGACUGCUAUAUGAUCCUCAUACAGACGGCGCUCGUGUUUUACAAGGACCAAAGGACUUAUAACGCUACGAAGGUGUUCAAGCCGCCCGGCACGCCGCCCAGCCCGGCGGCGCCGCGCGCGGAGCUGGUGCUCCCGCUGCGAGACGCCAGGAUCAGGCAAUGCAUAGCCAUGCACACGAGAAGACACAACAGAUCUCUGGUGCUGAUCGUCGAUUACGAUCAGUAUCUCGUGCAGGACGAGACCGAGGAAGGCGCCAGGAAAUGGUUGCAAGCCAUUCAGAGAGUCAUUUAUUCGCUGUACCCGACAGCGGAUUACGACUGUCCGACUCCAUCGAACCAGAGCAGCACAGAUCUAGACAGCCUCGGACGCACCCCUCCGACGUCACGUCACAACAGAAACAAACAAAAAGUUGGCGGGAGCAGUAACGAGGACCUGAGCGACUCCACGGAAACGUCGAUACAAAAGACCCACGUGAAAAGUAGAUUGAGGAAGUUCUUUGCGAAGAGGCCGGCGAUGGAGGUACUCGUCAAAAAGGGAAUCUACAAAGAUGAACCGGUCUUCGGGAGGAACCUUGCGGAGGUUUGUCCGCAGACCAGCCCCCAGGUCCCGGAAUUCGUGGUGGCCUGCGUCAAUGAAAUCGAAAGUAGCGAUGAGAAUCUCUGCACUGACGGCCUGUACAGAGCCUCCGGAAACCUCAGCCAAGUCCAGAAGAUCCGGUUAGAGAUCGAUCAGAACAACACCUCAGUGAUAAGCAAGAACAGCGACAUCCACGUGCUGACGGGCUCCUUGAAACUGUUCUUCAGGGAGCUGAAGGAGCCGCUGAUACCGUACUCGUUGUUCCAUAGAGUUCUCGCCGCUUGCUCUAUAAAGCCAAGGGAAGCGAAGAUCAAAGAGUUCAGGGAAAUAAUACAAGCGCUGCCGCAAUGCAACAGGGACACGCUAAAAUUCUUAUUAGAACAUUUAUUAAGGGUACAGCAGUACAGUGAAAAAAAUAGGAUGCACAUAGCCAAUCUAGCCAUAGUAUUCGGGCCGACGAUACUAUGGGCCCCGGUUACGGCGAAGGCACGUAACAUAGCCGUCGACUGCAUCCAACAGAACAACGUCGUCGACAUCCUCCUGAACGAAUUCAAUGAGAUAUUCAGUGAAGAAAACAAAACAAAGAAAAAAGCGUGAUUUUAAUUUCAACUAAAACAGGUUUAGUCUAAAAUUGAUUUGUAAGUAAAAGUUAAACGAUAAAGUAGUGCCAAUCAGAUACAUGGUUUCAUGGUAUAAGUAAGUUUAAAAUCAUUUAAAUUUAAGUUUGGUACUCGUGAAUAUGAUCAGUGGUUUUCAUCAAAUAAAGAGAGAACUGACGUAUUUAGAUAUCUAAAUUUAGGCGAAUAAUACUAGCGGAAUUAUUAAAAAUAAAUAUUUAAAGAAGGAUAAUAAACAGUGAAACACGUUAGAAGUUGUGUUUUUUAUAUGUAAUUUAAUUGAAUAGAUAAAUAUAUUUUAUAAAAUAUAUUCUCGUACUAUACCUGGAUGACGUUCUUGUUUUUUCACAACUUACUGCGUUUGGUUUGCCUUAGUUUAAAGAUAUAGUUGCAAAAAUCUUACUAAUUGUUACUAAGCAACGGUUCGUUACUGAACAUUAAAAUUGGAUUCAAAGUGGUUUAAAUUUUAAAUUUUCCCGAAUUUGAAUCACGUCCAUCGUGUUUUGAAUGUUUGAAAAUGUUCUCGAAGACUUUAUGAAGUUCUUAAUGUAAAUGUUAAUCAAGAUUACUAUCUUGAUUAAAAACAAAACAAAACAGAAGGUUGGUUCCUUAGAACGAGCAAUGUACAAUUGAUUACAUAUGGUUUUUGUAAAUAAAGUACACUACGAAUAAGUAAUUGUUAAUAUUAAUUAAAAUAGAAUGAUGAUAAACAUCAAAUAUUUGUUGACUCUGUUCCGCUAGUCAUAUCUGAAGGCGAGCGAAAGAGAUUGAGAGAUUGAAUUCAACUUUAGCGGUUAGUUCGUACUCAUCCUAAUCAGCUUUCAACAUACCGUUGUUUUUAUCUUAUAAAGAUAUAAUAUAAAAUUAAAAAUUAAAUAAUAUAUAAAUGAUAAAUUAUACAGACAUCAAAAUUAAUAACGUAACCAUUUAGUUUAGUUUUAAAUGUAUGCGUAGUUUCCAAAGUUAUUUUCCGGGUCCAAAAUAUUCGUAUGGAUUUAAAAUUCUCGAACUCUCAAUAAAACUCUAAAUUUUUUUAAACGUUAUUCGUACCGCUUCUUUGAGAGUUUAGUGUGAUCCUACAUUUAUUAGACAUAGGCUUGAAGCCAAGUUAGACUUUGUGCCUUAUAUGAGAUCGCUUUUUAUACAUAAAUUAUUGUUAAGAGCUUUAUUUAGUUCUUGGUUACACGUAUCGAGUUGGAGCACGUAAAUAUGUACUGUAAAUACAUUGCUGCUUCCACACCAAUAAUUUUGGUAAUUUUCUGCCUAUAUGUGCUCCAGAGUGUGCACAGAUAAUAGCAAUUUGUUUAUGAAUGAAAAUUUAAUUUUUUUUAAUCUAAGACAUAUGAGGCGGUCAGCGCAAAAGUGGCCUAAGCUUACCAUAGUUAUUAUGGAG